UCCGUAACGUUUGGACUCUGGUUUCCAGGUUUGUUUCGUCAGGGUUUGUUGGCUGUGUCCCGCUUGGCGGAGGCGAAAUCUCUCGGCUGGACCAUGUCGGCCUUUGAGAAGCCUCAGAUCAUCUCCCAUAUCCAGAAGAGCCUCAAUUACACGGUGUUUGACUGUAAGUGGAUGCCCUGCAGCGCCAAAUUUGUGACCAUGGGCAACUUCGCACGGGGCACCGGAGUCAUUCAGCUGUACGAGAUCCAGCAAGGGGACCUAAAGCUGCUGCGGGAGAUUGAAAAGGCCAAACCUAUUAAAUGUGGAACAUUUGGCGCAACAUCUUUACAGCAGAGAUAUCUAGCCACUGGAGAUUUUGCUGGAAACCUUCAUAUAUGGAAUUUGGAAGCUCCAGAGGUCCCAGUGUAUUCUGUAAAGGGCCAUAAAGAAAUUAUAAACACUAUAGAUGGUGUUGGUGGACUUGGAAUCGGGGAAGGGGCACCUGAAAUUGUGACUGGCAGCCGAGAUGGAACCGUAAAGGUGUGGGACCCACGGCAGAAAGAUGAUCCUGUUGCUAAUAUGGAACCCGUGCAGGGAGAAAACAAGAGAGACUGCUGGACUGUGGCAUUUGGCAAUGCUUAUAAUCAAGAGGAACGUGUCGUGUGUGCUGGCUAUGACAACGGAGACAUCAAGCUGUUUGAUCUCAGAAAUAUGUCCUUACGGUGGGAGACAAAUAUAAAAAAUGGGGUGUGUAGCUUGGAGUUUGACAGAAAAGACAUAAGUAUGAAUAAGUUAGUAGCUACAUCUCUGGAAGGAAAGUUUCAUGUUUUUGACAUGAGAACACAGCAUCCAACCAAAGGUUUUGCUUCUGUUUCAGAAAAGGCUCAUAAAUCUACUGUGUGGCAGGUCCGACACCUGCCACAGAACCGAGAGGUCUUCCUGACAGCAGGAGGCGCCGGCAGCCUGCACCUCUGGAAGUACGAAUACCCGAUUCAGCGAUCAAAGAAAGACUCCGAGGGUGUAGAGAUGGGAGUUGCAGGUUCCGUCAGCCUUCUGCAGAAUGUUACGUUGUCUACUCAGCCCAUUUCAAGUUUGGACUGGAGUCCAGAUAAGAGGGGUCUGUGCAUCUGUAGUUCAUUUGACCAAAUGGUGAGAGUACUGAUUGUUACAAAACUCCACAAAAUUUGAUCUUUGGACUUGAAACCCUCCAAAGCAAAUACUCAGAGAAUAUAGAAUACGUUCUGGGAUCCUCUGACCCUCACUGAACAAAGUGCGAUUUGACUGACGGGAAAAGGCGUCAGACACAAACCUCUGGGCCAGCCUCUCUCUGGCUAUGAAAGGUCACACGGCCUGACCAGUGUCCUGACUGGGUGGUGGUUUGCUGUUGCACAUGGGGCGCCAAGGUCUCCAGAGGCAAUUCUGUUCC